UGGGUUACAAAGGCGGCAAGCAGCAUCCGCCGCACAAGCAGUUUGCAGCCGCAGCCGCCCCGGUUCCCACACAGCUGCCGGCCCAGGCCUCAGCCGCCCCUCGCCAUUUUCCAGCCGCGCUCGGACGUCGCGGGUCGCGGCCGGGGCGGCGGGGAGAGGCGGAGUCCCGAGAGCACUGCCCGGGCCGGCCCCGCGCGGGGCGGUCGCGGCCGUGACGGCGGCUCCCGGCUCGGCUCCCCUUCCUUCCCUACUCCUCCUCCCGCCGGAGAUGAGGGGAAGAUGUCCGUGUCAGGGCUCAAGGCCGAGCUGAAGUUCCUGGCGUCCAUCUUCGACAAGAACCACGAACGAUUCCGCAUCGUCAGCUGGAAGCUAGACGAGCUGCACUGCCAGUUCUUGGUGCCGCCGCCGCCGGGCAGCCCGCACUCGCCGCCGCUGCUCACGUUGCACUGCAACAUCACGGAAUCUUACCCCUCUUCUUCACCAAUAUGGUUUGCGGAUUCCGAUGACCCAAAUCUGACCUCAGUUCUGGAGCGUCUAGAAGAUUCUAAGAACAACAGUUCGCUUCGUCAGCAAUUGAAGUGGUUGAUAUGUGAACUCUGCAGAUUAUAUAACCUUCCUAAGCACCUGGACGUUGAGACGCUAGAUCAACCAUUACCCACGGGUCAGAAUGGGGCAACAGAGGAAGUUACUUCGGAAGAGGAGGAGGAGGAAGAGAUGGCCGAAGAUAUGUUAGACUUAGAUCACUAUGACAUGAAGGAAGAGGAGCCAAUUAGUGGGAAACAGUCAGAGGACGAAGGAAUUGAAAAGGAGAACUUGGAAAUAUUAGAGAAAAUUAGGAAGACUCAAAGACAACACCAUCUAAAUGGUGCGGUGUCUGGGUCAGUGCAAGCCUCAGACAGACUCAUGAAAGAGCUCAGGGAUAUAUACCGAUCACAGAGUUACAAGUCAGGGAUUUACUCAGUGGAACUCAUAAAUGACAGUUUAUAUGACUGGCAUGUUAAACUGCAGAAGGUUGACCCUGAUAGCCCUUUGCACAGUGAUCUUCAGAUCUUAAAAGAAAAGGAAGGCAUAGAGUAUAUUUUGCUUAACUUCUCUUUUAAGGAUAAUUUUCCAUUUGAUCCUCCAUUUGUUCGCGUGGUGUUACCUGUUCUCUCAGGAGGGUAUGUGUUGGGUGGAGGAGCAUUGUGUAUGGAACUUCUCACAAAACAGGGCUGGAGCAGUGCCUACGCCAUAGAGUCGGUCAUCAUGCAAAUCAAUGCCACGUUAGUCAAGGGCAAAGCCAGAGUGCAGUUUGGAGCCAAUAAGAAUCAGUAUAAUCUAGCAAGAGCCCAACAAUCCUAUAAUUCCAUUGUACAGAUACAUGAGAAGAACGGCUGGUACACCCCUCCAAAGGAAGAUGGCUAACUAUGUUGACUGUGCCAUGUGUGGACCACUGUUGCUUUAAAGAGAAACUCUCCAACAUGCACAGCUUGAGUGCCCCAUCACAGCAGUACUGAAGACGUUAGCUAGUAGAUGUUGUAGUGGGUAACUUGUCGCCUGACGUCCAGUCUAACUGACAGCCUUUCCUCUUUGCUCAUCUUGGGGAUCUUGGCCUGAGCACCGGGGCCUUUCUUCCUCCUCACACAC